AUGGCAGCUAUUCGCAUCCCCGAAACGUACGUGACGGCGGCCAGCAGCCACAUACAAGUGACAAACCAUCCGAAGGAGUCGUUGGUCGGGGUGACGCCGAUUCUCGUGGCAACACUGAACCGACCAGAAAAGUUCAACGCAAUCACUGGCGACAUGAUCACAGACCUCAUAUCGUUCUUCACCACCGUCAACGUCGACGAUCGUGUCAAGAUUGUCGUCCUCACGGGCGCCGGCAAGGCCUUCAGCGCCGGCAUCGACCUCCAGAUGGACACGAGCAAACUCAAGAGCUCAACGCAUCCGAGCGCCAUGCGAGAUCCUGGAGGCGCGCUCGCCUUGGCCAUGUAUAACUGCAGCAAGCCCAUUAUCGUGGCUUACAACGGACUUGCCGUGGGCAUUGGCUUGACGUCGACACUGGCGGCGACGAUCCGAAUCGCGCCGCGCCGCGCCGAGUUUGGCUUCCCCUUUUCGCGCAUCGGCCUCACAAUGGAGUCGUGCAGCUCCUAUUUCCUCCCUCGCAUGGUCGGUUUCAGCAACGCAACCUAUCUCCUGGCCACCGGUGGCAGGUACCCGGCCGAUACACCGGCGCUCGACGGCAUCUUUGCGGAGCUCGUCGAUGAACCGGGGGAUGCAUUGCCCCGGGCACUCGAGAUUUCCAGCGACAUGCUGCACAACGUCAGCUCGAUGGCCGUUUUCCUCAACCGCCAGCUCAUAUGGAGAAACCCUGGGACGGCCGAGGGGGCCCAUCUUGUGGAUAGCCCGCUGCUUUACGACAUGUUUGGAGGACGGUGCGUGAGACCCUGUUGGACGCUCGCUCUGCUAAUUGUCUUGGCCGUCGGCUUCGGCUCCGGCUCCGGCUCCGGCUUCGGCUCCGGCUCCAGCUUCGGCUUCGGCUCCGGCUCCCUCCCUUGCGCAUCCUUUCUCUCGUGCAUUCUUCGCAUUCAACCGCGGCUAACUUGGAAGCAGGGACCAUCUCGAGUUCAAAGAGGCCUUUUUCGGGAAGCGCAAGCCGGCAUUCGCAGACACGUUGGCGCACGACGCACCUCGUACGUUUCCGUGGUGGACAGAGACGUCGGUGGAGGUGCCGAGAAAGGCAGAGACGAAGAUGGGGAGCAGUAA